AGACGUGCUUUUUUCAUCUGCCUUCGGCUGAACUUCUCAGGGAUGGCAAUUCAAAGUAUCAGACUUUUUUCUUUGCUGACUGUGAUAUUAGCCAGCAUUUUCAUUUUUAUUCUAAUGCAGGAACAUUUACCAGAAACCAAGAGCUGGCCAGUCUUUUUGAGAUUUAACACAACCAGAGGAGAAAACAGAUUCAUUAAAGAUGCUGAAUUUUGGCUAAAGAAAGGAGAAUUGAGACCAUCGGCGCAAAGUACAAAAUCACUUAAUACGACAACCCCUGUUCCUGAGACUCCUAUUCCCAUCAUACUCAAGGAGUCCUUCAAGAAGCUUCCUCAGUGGGACUUUGAGGACAUUUAUAAUCAGGAUGUUCCACCUAGAUUGACAACAUGCAUCCAGUCGUUGCGUAACUCAAAGGACAACGACUUCCAGAAAGCUUUCUUGCCCAACAUACGCUUGUAUCUGCACAGAGAUAGCAUCAACAUGAGCGAGUGGAACCGGCUCUCACAUUUUAACAACCCGUUUGGUUUUAUGCAAAUGAAGCAUGAUGAGGUAAUGGCUGCAUUAAAGCUGAUCCCAAAGCCAAACGAGCCGCUGCUCCUUCCAAGACCAGGCGGCGAUGGCUGCAUGCACUGCGCUGUGGUGGGAACCGGAGGCAUCCUCAACGGCUCCAAAAUGGGGGCAGAAAUCGAUGCUCACGACUACGUUUUCCGGGUGAACGGUGCAGCGAUCAAAGGUUAUGAGGAAGACGUGGGGAACAGAACGUCGGUGUACGUUCACACGUCUUACUCCAUCUCUUCGUCAGUGUACCUGUUGAAGAAGUACGGGUACAAAUCCGCCCCGCACGAUGAGGGUAUAAAGUACGUCCUGAUUCCUGAAGGGGAUCGGGACUACUUGUGGCUCCAGCGUCUUCUCCAGUCAAAAGGUGGAUCUGAUCAAAAAGGCCCCAUAACUUACUAUUCUGGACAGUUCAACGAGAGCCGCUUCUACGUUCUGCAUCAAGACUUCCUGCGAUAUAUACGGAACAGGUUUUUAAAGUCACGGACCCUGAAUACAACAAUCUGGUCAAUUGUCCGACCAACCAACGGGGCUUUUACUAUCUUCUUGGCCUUACACACCUGUGACACAGUAAGACUGUUUCAGUUUUAUGAUGAAUUAGAGAUUGACUUCUUUAAAGAUAACAAAUUACUCACGAAGAGGUCUAGUGAAGCAAUACAGACACAAUAUGAGUGGCUGUUCAUAAACCAGUCGGUCACCAAGGAAACUGACAGGUUUCACCACAACCAACCCGAGGUUGUUUACACAAUCAUGAUGAAGAGGAGGUCUUCCCUCUACGUUGCAAACUUCUUGCUGCCUGUUCUCUUCUUCUUGUGUCUGGACUUUGCCUCCCUCCUGAUGUCUGAAGGUGGAGACAAGAUUGGCUUCAAGGUCACGGUGCUGCUUGCUGUCACAGUGAUGCAGCUUAUUCUCAAUGAGAUUCUACCGGUUUCCUCUGACAGUAUUCCACUUAUAGAUGAGCAACAACGUUCUUGUUGGAGAGCAGCUUCCUCCUUCAACCUGCCAUGA